AUGCGCCUCACUCCAUUCAAUUGCGCGACAUUGGCCUUUGUGUCUAGUGUUUUUGCACAGAGCAGUGCUGAAGACAACACAACACAGCCUGUCUCUUUCUUCUACACUCGACCUCUGUCUCAAGCUCCUGCUCUGAACGUCACCCUCCAAGCAGACUUUUCCCCUGGCUAUGUCUUCAUGUCGCCCUACAAAUCCAUCAAACCCGCUCCGUACAUCUACGACAAAUUCGGAAACCUCGUCUGGGAUGGCUACGGCGUGACUGGAUCUGCGAAUGCGCAUAACUUUAGGCCUUGCCAGUAUCAGGGUGCUCCUCACCUCUGCUUCAAUCAGGUCAAUCAGCAGAACGGAUAUGGAAUUGGGCAGGGUGUUAUCGUAGAUCAGAACUACAGGGUUGUGGCUACGGCGCGGACGGGAGGAAAUGCUGAGCCUGUGGAUAUGCAUGAGUUCCAGUUGCUCAAUGAUGGAGAGACGGCUGUUCUCAGCGCUUAUCAGAUCGUUCCGUUCGAUCUGUCGUACUUCAACAUCACGACUGGUUUGGGAUGGCUGUCGGAAGGCGUGUUCCAAGAGGUCAACGUGACCACUGGAGAGGUUCUAUUCGAAUGGUUCUCGACCAACCAUGUUGACCCUAGUGAGAGUCAGAUUACGCCAAACAGCACGGACACGGGAGGUGAUGGCUUUGGGCCGCAGACUGCAUUCGACUACUUCCACAUCAAUGCCGUUGACAAAUCUACAGUUUCAGGCAACUACCUUGUUUCCGCCAGACACACCAGCACGCUAUACUACGUCAAUGCCACCGACCGCGAUAUCAUCUGGAAAUUGAGCUACCAAGGACAUUCGGACUUCUCGUGUUCAAACUUCAACUUCAGCUUCCAACACGAUGCACGUCUGCUAUCAGAGAACGACACCACCACUGUUCUCUCGAUCUUCGAUAACGCAAGCAAUGGCUACACAACCACCACUUCUCAGUCUUCGGGCAAAGUCAUCGCUAUCGACCACAACUCUGGCGUCGCAACCAUGCUCUCCAACACAACAUUUCCCUCUGCUGAAGGCCUUCUCAGCACCUCUCAAGGAAACACGCAAUCCCUCUCCAACGGCGGUUUCUUCCACAGCUGGGGUAACAACCCCUAUCUCUCCGAACACUCUGCCAACGGCACUGCUGUACUCGCCGCUUCCUUCGCCGCCGACGACUCUGCACAAAACUACCGUGCUUUUUCUGCUGAUUGGACAAGCACACCUGCAACUACUGUCCCUGACGUUUAUGCCUAUGCUGUCAAUUCUUCCGCUCCUACACGUAUUUACGUGUCUUGGAACAGCUGCACUACAGUUUCCUCAUGGCAGUUCUAUGGUGGUAGCUCCGUAGGAGAGGACUUCCUGGUCAUUGGACAAGCGGACAAAGAGGGCUUUGAGACCUUCUGGGAGGCGGACAAGUUUUAUCAGUGGGUGAGGGUGGAAGCCAUCGAUGCGGAUGGCAAUGCGCUGCGCAACUCGAGUUACACGGGUUCUUUUGUGCCGUCUGCUAUGUUGGCAGGUGCUUGUGAUGAAAGCGGAUGCGGUGUUGCGACUUCCUACUCCUCUUAG